AUGUGUAAUUCAAGUUUAAUCACGAUUACUCUUGCUUUUCUCAUAAGCCUCAGUCUCUGUCUUCCCCUUGCACAACCAGAACCAUGUUCCAACACAGGCACUUUCUCUACUAACAGCACCUAUGCCAAUUAUCUCAAUCUUUUACUCUCUUCUCUCCCUUCUAAUGUCACGGCCAAUGGUGGCUUUUACAACACCUCUUCUGGCCAAGAUCCCAACAAAGUUUAUGCACUUGCACUGUGUAGAGGAGACCUUGAUACGGGUAAAUGUUACACUUGUACGAACACCUCGAGCCUAGAUAUCACAAAGCAGUGUCCUGACCAAAAAGAAGCAAUCAUAUGGGGGGGUGAAUGUAUUCUAAGGUACUCAAACAGAAACAUUUUUGGCACCAUGGAGGUUUUGCCUUCUCAGUGUGUGCCUAAUCCUAAUAAAAUAUCAUCAACGGAUUUGGAUCAGUUCAAUCAAACAUUAUAUAAUUUGAUGGGGAGCCUUCGCACACAGGCUUCAUUGGAUUCCUCUAGUAUAAAGUACUUUGCAGUUGGGGAUAAAAGCUUCAGUAGCUCAAGAAACGUGUAUGGACUUGUGCAGUGCACCCCAGAUAUAUCGCAGAUGGAUUGCAGAAUUUGCUUAGAAGGCGCAGUAGCAGAUAUUUCAAGCUGUUCUGGUGGGAAGGAAGGGGGAAGAGUUCUUAAACCUAGCUGUAUUGCUUGGUUCGAGGUGUUUCAGUUUUAUGAUUCAACUUUUGUCCCUUCUUCUCCCACAACAACAGUGAUCCCUCCAACCUCGGAUAAUUCUUCUCCCACAACACCAGCGAUCCCUCCAACCUCGGAUAAUUUUUCUCCCCCGAAAACAAGAAGAGAGAACAGUAGCACAUCCCACCUUGUUAUUUUCGUUGUUGUUCCAAUUGCCGGCUUAAUGACAGUAAUCACGCUUGCUUGGGCAAUUCUGCAGAAGAAGAAGUCAAAGCAAAAUGUUGAUAAUGAUGAUGCUACAAAAAGGCUGGAAGCACUGAAAUUCAACUUCAACACAAUAAAAGCAGCAACAAAUAACUUUUCUAAUGCCAAUAAGAUUGGCGAGGGCGGAUUUGGUUCAGUAUACAAGGCUAGACUUCCAAAUGGACAAGAAUUCGCUGUGAAGAGACUAUUUCACAAGACUGAGCAUACUGAAGAGCAAUUCAAGAAUGAGAUCCUGUUGGUGGCUAAGCUUCAACAUAAGUGUCUAGUUAGCCUACAAGGUUUUUGCUCCGAAGGAAGGGAAAGAAUCCUUAUUUAUGAGUUAGUUGGCAACGGAAGCCUAGAUCAAUUUAUAUAUGAUCCCAUCAAGCGUGCCCAGAUGAAUUGGGAAAGGCGUUAUGAUAUCAUUUGUAGCAUUGCUCGGGGAAUUCUUUACCUUCAUGAAGAUUCUCACCUUAAGAUUAUACAUCGAGAUCUCAAACCAAGUAAUAUCUUGUUUGAUGAAGCUAUGAAUCCUAAAAUUUCAGACUUUGGACUGGCAAGGCUAUUUGAUGUGGGUCAAAGUCAAGACAAGACCAGUAGACGUGUGGGGACAUAUGGAUAUAUGGCUCCAGAAUAUAUAUCACAUGGGCAUUACUCAGUGAAGUCAGAUGUCUUUAGUUUUGGUAUCUUAGUUUUAGAGAUUGUGAGUGGUAGAAAGAAGAGUUGGCUUUGUAAUACAGAUGAUGUAGAGCUCCUUCUAAGCUAUGCAUGGACUAAUUGGAGAGAAGGGACAGCUUCAAAUUUGAUAGACCAGACACUUGGGGACGGUUCAAGAAGUGAAAUAACGAGAUGCAUUCAUAUUGGGUUAUUAUGCGUUCAAGAAAAUGUAGCAUACCGACCCACCAUGUCAUUAGUGGUUCAAAUGCUAAAUAGUGACUCCUCAAGCCUCCCAACACCUGCACGACCUGCAUUUCUUAUACAUAGUGACAUAGAGCGAGACAUUACUUUGCUACAGUCUACUUCAGGGGCUUCUAAGUCCAAAUAA